UUAGUGUGUUUUCGCCGGUUAGACGUUCACAUCGCCACAUUUCUGAAAACAAGUUUUGAAUUUUUGCAAAGAUUUUUCACUCGUCUUCAAAAAACAAGAACAUCAGUCUACUGCGUUGGUUUGUUUUGCCAUGUCUCAAAACCACUACCAACCGAGAUUCAGAGGACCUCCUCCUCACUGCGCUGGACAGUACGGUCCCCCCGGUGAAUACAAUGGUCUCAGAAAAGCUUUUGAGAACUGCAGGAGGGAAAACCUUCACCUACGAGAGAGCGAGUACCAACUGCGAAGUCGCCUAAACGGUCUUCUGGCAGAGAGGAGGAAUUUAUGCCAUAAGGAUGGGCUUGUAGCUCUUAGAGAAGAAAUGGAGUCCAAAUACAAGCAACUGGAGAAAAGAAAUGAAAAGCUGGAACAAGAAAACAAAAUACUAGAAGGGAAGCAGCUAGACGCGGAUGAAUUGAAGGAAAAGCUGUCAGACGCAUACUUAAGAAUUGAAGCAGAAAAUGAGUACCAGCAAUUUCUAAGGGAGAAACAUUCGGAGGAAGUCCAAAAUUUGAAGGAGAAAUGUCAAGACCUGGAACAGAAGCAGGCACUGUUGGAGGACAAAAAUAAAGAAUUGGAGGAAGAGAAGACAAAACUAGAGAACAAAAAUAAAGAAUUGGAGGAAGAGAAGAUCAAACUGGAGGACAAAAAUAAAGAAUUGGAGGAAGAGAAGACAAAACUAGAGAACAAAAAUAAAGAAUUGGAGGAAGAGAAGAUCAAACUGGAGGACAAAAAUAAAGAAUUGGAGGAAGAGAUCAAACUGGAGGACAAAAAUAAAGAAUUGGAGGAAGAGAAGACAAAACUAGAGGACAAAAAUAAAGAGAUUCAGAAAGAGAAGACAAAACUAGAGGCCAAAAAUAAAGAAAUGGAACAAAAGAAGAAAAAACUGGAGGACAGAAAUAAAGAAUUGGAGGAAGAGAAGGAAAAGGUAGAAGACAAAUAUACAGCACUUGAGCAGAAGCAUAAAGAAGUCCAGGACAGGAGCACAGAAAUGCUUCAGGAGAAGAUCCAACACCUUCAAAAAUAUGAAGAACUUGAGAGGAUUCACAAAGAACUGCAAAGCAGAAACAGUGAAAACCAGGAGGAUCAGAAAAAGCAGAAACAAGAGGAGCUUGAACAAAAGGGCAAAGAAGAGGAUGAAAAGUUUAACAAACUGCAGGAAGAUUUUGAGAAGAUUCAAGCAGACAAUGAAAACCUCAAAGAAAAUAACACACUGGAGAUGAAAAACGAUGAGUUGCAGGCGCAAGAACAGCAAAAGAAAAAAGGAUCCAGCUUUUUCAAGAGGAAGUCAAGCAAGAAAGAGGAAAAACCAAAACAAGACCAGGAAAGUGUAGAGAAAGAAGAAAAGGUGGAAAAGAUAAACAGCAAAGUAGAAGAGAAAGAGAAAGGAAAGAAGAAGAAGAAGAAGACAGGCUGUUGGAGCUGGUUUUUCAGGAGUAAGAAAGGUUCUGGUGAGAUGAGAGUGGAAGAGGCUGCUGAGUCUGGACAACUGUAGGAGGUUCUACAUUUCAUUACUAUUCACAUCCCCACCCGGAUCCUCCCUGCACCUCCCUCUACCCUCCGUCUACCCCCUUCUUCCCUCCUUCUCCCCCUUCACAUCUCCACCCCACCCGUAUCCUCCCUGCACCUCCCUGCACCUCCCUCUACCCUUCGUCUACCCCCUUCUUCCCUCCUUUCCCCCUACCCCUGCAACCUCCAUUUGCCAUCUCCAUCGACAGGUCUUUCUACGUGAAGAUCUGUUUUCUCUGUAUCUUAAUAAAAAAUAAAGUUGAACAUAACCAGAA